AUGUCUGCAUCUUCACAACCACAAAAAAUGGAGAGCAAACGCCAGGCCCUUCUUCUGCUGCGUAUCCUGGCCGGAAUCCUCGCCGUCCAACUCACCUCUGCCGUCGAUUUCCUCUUCAACGGCUUCGACGCCACAGGCAGCGUCUCACUCUACGGCACCGCUGCCGUGGAAUCCAACACCCUCUCGCUCACUCAGCGAUCCUCCUUCUCCAUCGGCCGCGCUCUGUACCCUUCGAGGAUCCCCGCGAGAAGGCCCAACUCCUCGGCCGUCAUCCCCUUCUCGACUUCGUUUAUCUUCGCAAUGGCGCCGUACGAGGGCUUGCUCCCUGGACACGGCCUGGUUUUCCUGUUCGUGCCGCACUCGGGGAUCGAGGGCUCGAGCUCGGCGCAGAAUCUAGGGUUUCUGAAUUUUACCAACAAUGGGGAUUCGGAUAAUCACGUGCUGGGAGUCGAAUUCGACUGCUUUAUGAACCAGGAGUUCAAUGAUAUUAGCGAUAAUCACGUUGGGGUUGAUGUUAAUUCGCUCGUCUCUGUGCGCGCUCACGAGGCGGGCUAUUAUGCGGGUGAAGACGAUGAUUCGUUUGAGGAUUUGGAUCUUAAUAGUGGGAGAAAUUAUCAGGUGUGGAUUGAUUAUGUGAACGGUACUCUUGCUGUGGCUAUGGCGCCCGUGGGGUUAAGAAGGCCUGAUCGGCCGUUGCUAAGUGUCGCUCUUAACCUCUCGGAGGUUUUUCAGGAUGAAAUGUAUGUUGGGUUUACUGCAUCGACCGGAGAUUUGGUUCAGAGCCACAGGAUUUUAGGUUGGAGUUUUAGCAACACGAAUUUUUCGCUGAGCGAGGGUUUGAUUACAGAGGGUUUACCGUCAUUUGUUCUGCCGGGGAUACCGAUGUACAGAUCCAGAGGUUUCAUUGCAGGUUUAAGCUCAGCUGCUGUGGUUUUUGCCAUUCUUUGCUCUGCUGCAGCUUACGUGUUUGUUAUAAGACCCAGGAGAAAAAAGAGAAAAAAGAAGGAUGAAUUUGAAGACUGGGAAUUAGAAUAUUGGCCUCACAGAAUUAACUACGAAGAAAUUGAUUCUGCAACCAAAGGCUUUGCCGAGGAAAAUGUUGUUGGGACAGGCGGCAAUGGUAAAGUCUAUAAAGCCGUUUUGCCCGGAGGAGCCGAGAUUGCCGUGAAACACAUUUCCCUUGAAAAUGACGAAGGCACACGAGCUUUCUUGGCCGAAAUAUCGAGCCUCGGGCGUGUUAAACACCGAAACUUGGUUGGUUUAAGAGGGUGGUCCAAGAAAGACAAAAACAGCCUAUUCGUAGUAUACGAUUACAUGGAAAAUGGUAGCCUCGACAAAAGGGUGUUCGAUUCUGAUGAGGAGAAAACAUUGAGUUAUGAGGAUCGAAUACGAAUCCUAAAGCAAGUGGCUUCCGGAAUACUAUACCUGCACGAGGGUUGGGAGGCCACUGUUCUCCACCGAGACAUCAAAGCCAGCAAUGUCUUGCUCGAUCGGGAAAUGAACGCGAGGCUUGGAGAUUUCGGGCUUGCCCGGAUGCAUGACCACGAUAAGGCUGCGGGGACGACGCGCGUGGUGGGGACAGCCGGUUAUCUUGCACCUGAGUUCGCCAAGAAUGGCCGGGCCUCGACAAAAACCGAUGUUUUCAGUUACGGGGUUUUGAUUCUAGAAGUUAUCUUUGGCCGGAGGCCGGUGGAUGAAGGCCAGCCGCCUCUAGUGGAUUGGGUGUGGGGGCUUUUGAAGAAGGAUGAGUUGCUAACCGCGGUUAAGAACAAACCACGGUUAAGUAAUGGAGAGGAAGUUGAGAAGGUGAUUCAUUUGGGUUUGUUGUGUGCUCAUCCGGAUCCGAAUGCCCGGCCUUCUAUGAGGCAGGUGAUGAUAUUUUUUGAGGGGAAGAGUGAAAAUGAAGAGGAAGGGAUGAAUGUUUAUCUAUUGGAGAGGUUGAGGGGACUUGGUGAUGGUUUUGGUUCGGGUUCGGGGUCGGGUUCUUAUCCGACGUUCUCGGAGAUUAGGCGAGGAGCGAAAUCUUCGAUAUCGAUUUCUUGGAGCGAUAAAGUUAUCUUUGGCCGGAGGCCGGUGGAUGAAGGCCAGCCGCCGCUAGUGGAUUGGGUGUGGGAGCUUUUGAAGAAGGAUGAGUUGCUAACCGCGGUUAAGGACAAACCACGGUUAAGGAAUGGAGAGGAAGUUGAGAAGGUGAUUCAUUUGGGUUUGUUGUGUGCUCAUCCGGAUCCGAAUGCCCGGCCUUCUAUGAGGCAGGUGGUGAAAUUUUUCGAGGGGAAGAGUGAACAUGAGGAGGAAGGGAUGAAUGUUCAUCUAUUGGAGAGGUUGAGGGGACUUGGUGAUGGUUUUGGUUCGGGUUCGGGUUCUUAUCCGGCGUUCUCGGAGAUUAGACGAGGAGCGAAAUCUUCUAUAUCGAUUUCUUGGAGCGAUAGUACCAUUGUGGACGGGCGUUGA